AUGAUGUACUGUUUGCAAAAUCGUUAUAGAGCCUAUGUAGCAGCAGUGGAGUUGCCGUAUAAAUUCUUCCGGUCACCGUCGCCGCUCAGUUUGGAAUGGGUCCGAGUGGUCGAGUGUACCAGCGAUGAGCUCAGUGGGAAUCCAACACUUGCUGAUCUUGGCAUUACCCGACUUGCUGAAUUUGAAUUAGCCGGCGGAAAGCAUGCUUAUUUCUGUGUGAAUCAUUUCAACGAGCCGAAUAUCAUGGAGCCUUCUCCGCUUCCACUUCGAUCGCCACCGAUUUAUAAGAACGUGAAACCAGCUGAUCACGGAAUUGUUACGGAAUCAAAACCGUUCACGAUAAGUGCCGUGUGA